AUGGACCUUCGUACAUCCUCCUUACCGUCAGAUGUUCUCGUACAGUUCUACACGGCUGUGCGGAUCACGGUCGCAGUAGUAUUUUUCACCAUCACUAGAAAGCCCCCUUCGUUUCUGGUCCAAGCUGGCCCACCGUUGGCUGCCCUGACUACCGCGUUUUCUCCUUGCUUCAUCGUGCUUCUCGUUCCAUAUUAUCUUCGUCUCGCAACGCGGCGAACACUAUGUGAUGCGCCCAGAUAUGUCGAUGAAAGUGUUUGUACAGACGUGGAAGAAGAGGAUGAACGAACAGCAGUCGAGUUGAGCGAUGUUGAUAUCAGUAGCGAUGACACCGUCAUUCACGAUAUCAAUUGGGAGGAAGACGACAGCAAUGUCAAAAAAUGUGAGAGCCGUGACGUAGUGUUCUUGAACGAGAUACCUGGCGAGGCCGGUCGGGAUGGAGAAGACGUUGUCAAAGAGGGCCCGUCUGAGGGAAAUGAGGAAGCACUACUGGAUAGACGUGAUAUGAUGCCGAGUGAUGAGAUUAUUCACGACAUUUCCCCAGAUGAAGAAGACGCCGGGAACAGCGAAAGGCUCGAGGAAGCCGAUAUAGAAUUUAGUGAUGAGAUCACUCGCGCUAUCGAUCUGGAUGAGAUGGUUCUGCAGUCCAGUUGA